AGUGCAGGCAGCCUCUCUGAUAAGUCAGAGGCAGCAGUUAGCUGCUCUUUAUAAAAAUCCCUGAAACUUUGCACACUUCCUCACUGGGCUAGCAGCUCCUCAGAAACGAUGAAGCUCGUUUACAGGAUUUUGCUCCAGACAGCUCUGCUGCUAUUUACAAAUGGCUCUGCAGCGACAGAUGAUAGCACAGACAGCGCCAGAGAAGAAGAACUGAUUGGUGCUUGUCCAAUAAAGCUCAAAAGCAGCGGGGAAUGUGAUGGAGAGGAAUGCCCGUAUCGGAUAACCUUGCCUCCAAUGACCGUCCAGCUGCCCAAGCAGUUUCGGCUGAUUGAGAGAACGCUCAAAGAAGUGCAGAACCUGAAGGAAGUUGUAAACAAGAUGAAGAAGUCCUGCGAAGACUGCAAGCUGCAGGCAGAUGAGAAUCUAGAAAAAGACAGCAACGAAUUCCUGCCACCUGGCACAGACGCUCCAGUCGACAACAGCAAAAUACAAGAUAACAGAGUAAAAGAAUUGCAGAACAAGGUUUCCAGGCUGUCAGCCAGUCUGAAGAAUGCAAAGAACCAAAUCCAUUCUUUACAGAAUCAGCUGGAGCACAUGAACCUCAUAAACAUGAACAACGUGGAAAGCUAUGUGGACAGCAAAGUAGCCAACCUGACAUUUGCUGUGAACAAUCUGGAUAAUAAAUGCUCUUCAAAUUGCCCAGCCACACAACCACAACCAGGUAGGUCAGCUUUUACUAUUUUACUAAAAGUAUCAGAACAGCAUUUCCUUACAUACAUCUAUUAACUUUUUGCCACCUACCAAAAAAGUAAAAGUAAAUACUAGGCGUUACUUGAACCAUAUUACUUUACAAUUAGGGCAUAUCUGGAUAUUAAGGGGGAAAAUUGCAGAUAAAAGUAGGAUUCAAUGUGUUAGGAUUCAAUAGUAGGAUUCAAAAGUAGGAUUCAAUAAUGCUGUACUGUAUUGUGUUUUUAAUAUUUGGUUGGGAGCUGCCCAGGGUGGCUGGGGAAACCCAGCCAGAUGGGUGGGGUAUAAAUAAUAAAUUAUUAGUAGUAUUAGUAGUAGUAGUAUUUAGUGAAACACAAUAAAAUAUAACCAUCUUGUUGGGCCAAGAAGACUUUUAGCUCAGCUGUGAGGGAAGUUACUGAAACGGAUGAGAAUCUAGCACCUCAGAACUUCAUAAUGGGUUUUUCUUUUCCUGCUAAAAGGAUUUUGAACACCCCCACACUUUAUUUUUGUCAGCGUUUGACACAGCAGUUAGUUACAGGCAAAUUCUUACGUUCCUUUACUGAGCACGAGAAUAAAGCUUAUGAGAAGAAGAGUGUGCAUCUCAACUUUCCACGGAUGUAGCAGGUGGGGGGAUGCACAUCAGAAACCACACUGCAAUGUUCAUCGGCAUCUCAGUGGGUUGGCUGGCUGCAUCCUUUGAGGUGCAGGGGGAUGUGUGUCCCUAUUUGUAGCUACCAGUUGUUAUGCACAACUAUUUUGCCAGUGGACAGACCUGGAUUCAGGCCAGAAUCUUUAAGGAUUUGGCCCUGUUAAAGUACAGAAAAAUCAGGCUGUUAAAGGGCAUUUUCCAAUGUUACACGUGGGUAGCUGUCCAAACUCAGAGAAGCUUGCACUGGUGAAAUAAGGACGCCCUUUUACUUUUAUCACUUCUGUUCAGGUAGAAAGAAUGGAAGAAAUUGAUUUCUCAUAUAGGUCCAAGGAAGUAAUGGUUAUAUUGAGAUUUUUAAAAAUGAAUUCCAUUUAUCCUGGAGUGUGGACAUCUGAACAAUGUUUUGGCUACAUUUUGUUACUGCUGUGUGCUUAGCUUUUCUUCAUACCACUUCCUAAUGGAAGCAUCAAUUGUUUUAUAUUGGUGUGACUUAAAGCUUACAGUUACAUAAAUUUUAAAAACAAAAACGAAGAAACUCAAAAAUCUUCCUUUGAAUAUUAUUUUGAAUUACACUUCAAAAUGUUAAUAAAUAACUUGCCAUAUUACAUACAUUUGGGAACAUAGAGGAAGGUGUAGUCUUACAGAUGGAUGACACGAAUGAUUAUGUUUUACAGCUGCACAUGUGUAAAUCUGAGCAACUCUAAUAUAUCCCAAAUGAACAGCAUGUGAUAUACUUAGAGUGGAAUCUUGGCAAUGUUACAUGAAAUAAACAAUGUUACAUGAAAUAUCAUUUUGACUAUUACUUUUCCCAACCCAUCUAUUUUUAGUGGUUGCACUUAAAAGAACAUUAUCCUGUUACAAUAACAAGAAAUAAUUUUGUAAUUCAUAGCUCUUGCUAGAAAACAGUGCUUGGAAUCAGUUCUUUAAAAAAAAAAAGUUCUCUGAAGUCAUUCAACAUUCUCUGAACUGCACUUAAAAGUAGUUCCCAUAAUUGCUGAGUGAACUGAAUGCGAAUUAAGUUCAUUGUGAAGUAGAAUUUCGAAUGAUGCCUACUUCACCUUCAAGUUCAUUCUGGUACGUGACUCCUUUGGGCCUUGAAGCUUAAUGGUUAUAUUUUGGGAGGAAAUAAAUCAAAACUAUUCACAUUCCACAGUGUGUGUUUUGAUGUUUCCUUAGCCUUCUUAAGCAUAUUUAUACCUCAGCACAACGGUCUGUAACAUUCUGAAUGUUGAAAAAAAGAACGCUGAAGCUCGUUUGGAUAAAUGUGAGCAGUGAGUGGAACAUACAUAAUCUUUCUUCCUGAAUAGGCUAUUUUAAAUCUCUAUCCCUGAAUAGUCUUGCAGCAGCAAGGGGAAGCAGCCUGCCUGAUCUCUGCCUCUUGGCUCCCCUCUCCUCCAGCCUCCACUUCUCCCUCUGAUUCUGGACUGCUCUCUGACACCACCUCUUUCCACUCACUAAACCUUGUUAUUCCUACAGCUUCCGACACCUCCUCCUCCCAGUCCUUUCCCUCUUCUCCCUCUGACCACUCGUCAUCAUCCCAUCACUUCUCCCCAGGCUCUGAGCCUUCUUCCCUCGGGGGUUCCCCAGCUGGUGCCUUCCACCACUCCUCUGCAUCCAGCCAGUCCAUGACAACGUGUCGGAGUCUUGGAUUGCUUGAGAAGGACCCAAAGCAAUAUGGAUUGCCAGAGAAGCAAAAAUACACAAUGAUGGGCUGUAUCCAACAAGUCAUCCCAUUAGUGCGAAGACUUCCUCUCCCCCUCCUGUUUCUGCAGAACCUCCAUAACAGGUUGGGUGGGAGGUGUGGGGAACACACAGAGAGAAGAGAGGGAGAGGAAGUAUUGUUGUACAAGUCCUUGCACUAGUGGGACAACUGUGUUAGAUGCAACACAGUGUUCUCCAGGUGGGUGAUCCAUACGCACUACUGAAUCUGUUAUGACUUCUCCUAGUAUCCACAUUAGGUGGAGCUGGAUCAUGAGUGUAUGUGAAAGUACAUUAAAAUUCACUACAUUCUAAUACAGUCGUACCUUGGUUGUCAAACGCCUUGGUACUCGUAUGUUUCGGCUCCCAAAUAAUCGAAACCCAGAAGUGAGUGUUCCGGUUUUCUAAAGUUUUUUUGGAAGCUGAACGUCCGAUGUGGCUUCCGCUAUUGUUUCUAAUGUGCCUGCACAAUUGGAAGGCAAUCGGAAGCCGCGCCUUGGUUUCCAAACGUUCCGGAAGUCAAAUGGACUUCCGGAACGCAUUCUGUUCGAAAACCAAGGUACGACUGUAUUCAGCAUAAUUAAAAGAAUAAGACUCUUGACUAAUAGACAAACAAUUUCUAGACUAAAUGUCCCUGAAAAGUAAUCCAACAGCAUAUGUAUUGCUGGCUGCACUUCUCUAAAGCAACAACAGUAUAAAUGAAUCAGAGUACAUUGUAUCUAUUAGAUGUAUUAGAAUGAUAGUUUACACAUAUUCAUAUGGGGGUGGAUACAAGGAGCAGACCUGUUGGGAGCAUCUAUGCACCUCUUAAAGUAAACUUGAGUCCUCUUCCUUUAUCAUCACUGCCCAAAAAUCAAUACUGAUGCCUGAUUAUGAAAACUUCAAACUCUCUCAAUAGCUUCACUUGUCUCUUUGCUGGGGUGACAAAUAUUUCCCCUCCCAGAAUAAUUUAUAAUAAGAAUCAACAUAACUCAGAAAACUUAUUUCCUCAUUCCAAAUGAUAUUAAUUGAAUGCUGCUGUGUCAAUAAUUUCAUGGGGGGAAAUGUAAGAGCAUUUCAUUUGUAAAGUUUGUUAGGCUUCUAUUAUAACUGGCUUGGGAAAUAAAAUAGGCCAUAAUCUUCAGGAAACACCUGGAAGAAAUACUUUAUAUCAUAAAGUGUUGCAUUCCUGCUUAGUAUACUGUCCAAAUUCAUUUCCACUCUAAAAUCCAGAGGUUACAUAAUAACACGUUUACAGGAAACCACCGUCAUGCUCUUAAACGACAUCUUUCUGAGUGUCAGUGUCAAUUGUACACGAUAGCCUGCAAAUAGCUAGGAAAAAACAACAGGCGACACCAGCACUUUAGGCCAAUCUUGUAAGAAAUAAAACUAUCCUGCUCUCCAUAAGUGGUUAAUGCAAAAGUUAACAAAUGUCAAGUGGGGACUCGGCAUUUGACCCUAGGUCAAAUUGUCAACUGUCUCAAGAUAAUUGUUAUGCAAAAAUUAUGUGGAUAGUUCUAUUGCACACUGAGGAGCACAACAUAAAACAUUCGGUGAAGAAAAAACGAGAGUUCUCACACAAAGCAAUGAAAUAAUAUAAAAGCUAUGCCUCUGAUGGUCCUCUAAGUUAGUUCAUUAAAUAGAACCAGUAAUGGAGGUUUCUUCGUCUGGAGGCCCCCUAUUGCUUCCCCCUCCCCUUUGACCUGAACAGGCUUCUGACCCCACAAGGAUCAGUUGUGCAUAUGAUAUGAAAUGAUAGCUCAUGUGGGAACAAGCAAACAAAAAUCCAAGCAAGUUGUGGGCAACAGCAGAAGACACAACAUACCCUUGUCAAGAAAUUACUAUUCCCAGUCCUCCCCGUGCCCAAAUAAGGAGAGGCUGAGGCAGCAAUUUACCUCAGCAGAAAGUCUUCUAUAAGAAAUAGAAUUGGAAUUGCAAAAGUUCUCAAGUGUCAUCAAAUCCAGCUCUAACCACAUAUUAAAUUUAAACUAGUGCCAGCAGAUGCUUCCCCUGUUUUCUUCGAGGGUCAUUUCCUACAUUACUGAUAUUAUUAUUAUUAUUAUUAUUAUUGCAAUGACUCACAGAAGCACAGAAAAAAGCUGUUCUCUGAUAUCAUUGAGCUAUGUGCAUCAUUUAUUCUACCUCCAUACACACUGCACAAAUGGAAAGGUGACUAAAGGUGUAUAUUCCAUUAUGGAUUUAGAUUGCUUUCUAUUAUGCUAUGCAAGUUAAAAAUGGGUUGUAAAUAACGCGGCUAACUUCCUCAACCCCCUUUCUCUGUCCAGUUAUACAGAUUCUGCAAGGAGACUGUUCCAAUUAUUAUGCAGCAGGCAAACUGCGUAAUGGAAUCUACAGAAUUAGUCCUGAUCCAAGACAUGACAGCUUUGAUGUUUACUGUGAGAUGGAAUCUAUGGGAGGCGGCUGGACAGUGUUCCAAAUGCGUCAGGAUGGCAGCACCAGCUUCAACAGAACAUGGAAAGAAUACAAGAAUGGCUUCGGAAACCUGAGUAGAGAAUACUGGCUAGGGAAUGACAAAAUUCACCUUCUGACCAAAAGCAAGGAGAUGCAGCUCAGGAUUGAACUUGAGGAUUUCAACGGAGUCAAAGAAUAUGCAAAAUACGAACAAUUUUAUGUGACCAAUGAAUUUCUCAAAUACCGCUUAAGUAUUGGCAGCUACAGUGGUACAGCUGGGAACGCCCUGCAAUUCUCCAAACAUUACAACCAUGACCAAAGGUUCUUCACUACCCCAGAUAGAGACAACGACAGGUAUCCAUCAGGAAACUGUGGAGCGUACUAUAGCUCUGGGUGGUGGUUUGACGCAUGCUUGGCGGCUAAUCUCAAUGGCGUAUAUUAUCACAAAAAAUACAAAGGUGUUCGCAAUGGGAUUUUCUGGGGCACCUGGCCUACAGCUUCGGAUAACAAUCUAAAUGGUUACAGACAACCUUUCAAAAAGGUCAGAAUGAUGAUGAGACCCAAAGUCUUUGUGCCAUGAAUUAGUAACUUCUCAAUAUUGACACUUUUCUCCAGUAUCUGAGUGCAAUUAAAAACAAACAAACUGUUAUGUCCCAUAUUUAAUUUUUUUUCUAGAGAAACGCCUCUUCCAAAGGCACCCAAAUGUAUCUCUCCUGAUAAAUUCUAAAUGUACAGGGAACAAUUCAAUUUUUUGGUAGCAAAUAAUGUGUCAGCCUUAUCCAUUAACCUCUGUUAGGUCAGAAGCUGGGUGUAAGCUUAUUUUGCCAAAUUGACUUCAAAGGCAUUCCACUAUUGCCGUAUCACAAAACAAUGCCUCAGCCACCCACAGGCCAAAGCCAGAUUUGUAGAGUUGGAGAGCAACAGUUUCAGACCCUUAGUGUACUGCUUCCUCAUCAUAUUCCAUAAAUAUCUCUGCAGAACCACCAACCUGCUGCAAAGCUAGUGAGCCCAAACUGGCUUAAACUCAAGUAUUCCAAGACAACUAGAUUUUUUCUAUGUAAAUAAUAGAUUCAGUAUGUUAUAGUUUAAUAAUUCAUUGCCACUGUCAACUAGCUUUUUUUUUUUUACUAUGUGACUGUACCAGAACAAAAACAAAGUAUCUUAAUCUAAAGGCUAAUAAAUGCUGUUAAGGAAGCAUUUCUAAUGAUCUUGCUAUUUUUAUACAUGACCAAACAUUGCAAUACUAAAUCUCUAAAAAUAUUAAUGAACAUAAUGUGGUGGUUUAUUUAUGUGCAACUAAUUUUGUAUGGAUUCAACCAAUAUUUUCAGACCUCAUUAGAAAAUGUUGUCUGUACUCAAGAGACGAAUAACUGAAAAAAUAUAUAUAAAGGCUUCAAGUUUACAGGGGGAAUUCUGGGCUUUAUAUGCCAGUCGUAUGAUCCACUUAUGCCAGCAGCCCCUACAUCAGGGUUACAGCUGGUGUGACAGUCGCAAUCCUACGUACUCCUAUCAGCAUAAGAAUAGAUAUUGAAAUAAGAGACGAUAUAGCAAUGCCAAAAGACACAUCUGCAACAUCCCUGGCAACUAUGCUACUACUAAUCUAAGAAAAUUUAACACUGCUGACAUCUGCACAUUAGUAGGGCAUGGAAGGCAUUUUGGGGGGAAUGUCAUGGGAGAAGAUAACAUGUGCCAUUUUUCUCAAACAGAUUUCUGGUAUAUUGUUGGAAAUAUUAUUAUUUUUAAAGAGCCACUUUAGGCAAUUAUGAUCUAAGUGAUAUUGCUUCUUCAGUAGGCAUUUCCAAAGAUGGCUAAUAUAGGUGUAUAUAUCUGUAUAUGCCACAGAAGGAACUUAUAGGAGAGGCAUCCUUACAAUGCCUUAUAUUUGUGAACAGUAAAGAGAGAAAUACAUUUAGAAUUUUCAUUGUGUAUUGUUGCUAAUGACCAAAGUAUGUGGAUUUACACACGUGUGUGUGUGUGUGUGUGUGUGUGUGUGUGUGUGUUGUUAAAGGGGCUUUGCUAGAUGGAACUAUGCCCAAUUGUGCCAUGCAAUUUGGCUAUUUUUCUUCAUAGUAAAUGUCUCUUAACUGGUGAGGGAAACCAAAUCUAAUACUGAGAGAUUCUAUCACCUUCGCUGCAAAAUGUUACGUAUCAUCAUUAGAGGUUGUUGCUGGUGAGUUUUCUAGAUGAAAAGAUCCUUAAGUUACAGGAUUGGGUCCAGUGUGUCCCGUCUGAAAAUGGAAGGGUUCCUUCUGUUCACUGUUCACUUUUCAUCUAAUCCUCCUUCCAGGCUCCCAUUUCACCUCUCAUUCUUUUCCGGGGUUUCCUCAGUUAUCUGAAGCAGCUUUACGGAAGGCUGCAGGGGAAAACAGACUCCUGGGGAACAUCCUGUGAGUGAAGUUUGAACACAGGAUUCAACCCAAAAUGUAGAAAUGAAUGUAAUCACUUGUUAUGAUGUGCAGUAAAAGAUUUCCUCCAAACCAUGUUGAAGUCAAUAGAAGAUAAGUAUCUACUGUAAUUUUGAUUGGUUUUGGUUACUGCAUUUACAUACUGUACAGUGCUUAAAGAUCUGCACAACAGACUACUAGUUUGCUUCUGGGCACAAUUCUAAUUGCUGGGGGUUUUUUGCCACUCAACUGUAGGUCUGGGAUGAGGUGUAUGAAACCCCCCAUGAACUUGCCUAUGUGCAGUGAUUCUUGGCUUAGGCCCUGCUCCGAAUACCUCUCCCCUUCUUCGGAGAUGUGAUGGGUGGCUUCUGGGGACAGUUCCUUUUCUGUGGUGGCACCCAGACUUAGAACUCCCUUCCCAAGCACAGUUCCAAAGCUUAUAUCACUAUCUUUUAGGCAACAAUAAAACCGUUGUAAUUUGCCUGAAUGUCUGGCAGCACCUUAUUUGCAAUGCUUUCUAUCCAUAAUUUAUUUGCUCAUUUAUUACUUUCAUUUCAUUGUUAUGUAUUAGGGAUGGGAGACCUUUUCUUUCUAGUCUGAGGGUCACAAACCCCUCAUGGGGGACCUUCCAAGGAUGACAUGUCAGGGGUGAGUGCAGCAGGUGCAAAAGUGCAUUGAGCUAUAGAAGCAACGUUUUUAACUUGGCACACAACAGUUACAGCUUCCUGCGUACAACCAUAUACACACCUCUCGAUCUAGGCAUUAUUACCAUUCACAGACCUAGCCAAGUAGGGCUGUUCAACAGAAGGCAGAGUAAUUCACAACUAAAAGUAUAGUUAGAUGAAUCAGAAGAAUACAAACAUUCAGGUUAAGCGUUUACUUCCGGGUUUCGUCGCUCGCACAUGCGCAGACGGUCAAAAAUAAUGCCACGCGCAUGCGCAGAAGCGGCACAUCGCGACCCGCGCAGACACGGGUUGCAUUCGCUUCAGGAUGCGAACGGGGCUCCGGAACGGAUCCUGUUCAUAUCCAGAGGUACCACUGUACUGUAUUAAAUUGUGUUGUUUUCAGUUCAGAUCUUUGUGUAGAUGUGCCCAACAAUUUAAAACUUGUUUAGCUACCACAGCUUCAUUCAAACUAUCUAGGUGCUAUAACUUUGUGAGAGUCCACAUAAUUUCUUGCCCAUCACAGAAUUAAAACUCUCAGUGUUCCCUAGAUUGGACCACAGAUACGCAUUUUGUCCAAGACCACACACUUAAGUCCAAAAUUAAUCCUUGCUGUGAAGCUACCAGCUUUUUAUUUAUUUGAAAUCCUUCCAAUAAAUAAUGAAAUUUUGAACACC